CACUGAUUUCUCUUAUUGCAGAAACUGCAACCCUAUAGCAAAAGGAGGAUUUGAGCAGAGGAGAGCCAGCAAGCGAUUCCAAUUGUUCAAACCCGACAUAUGAAAACUGCCUUGAAAUCCAUCCUGCCAUUUCCGGUCCGGUCAAUCCGCCCUCCAUUAUUACAUUUCUCUAUUUUCAUGACGACUCAUAUGUUUCAUAAUCCUUCCAAACCGACUACCUUGAUCGAUAGCUUCACCAGGUUUUGCUACCAAAAAGACAUCCCAAGAGCCAUAGCAGCCAUGAAUUCUCUGCAAAAGCACCAAAUUCAGGUUGACCCAAUUAGUUAUUCGGAGCUUAUCAAGUGCUGCAUAGCUCGUGGUGCUAUGGAAGAAGGCAAGCUCAUCCACAAGCAUAUCUGGUCCAAUGUAUACGGGCCGAAAAUGUUUCUGAACAAUAUGCUUCUCAACAUGUAUGUGAAAUUCAAUUUGUUGGACGAGGCACGUGACUUAUUUGAUAAAAUGGUGGAACGAAAUGUUGUUACUUGGACUACAAUGAUUGCAGCUUAUUGUAAUAAUAGGAUCAAAGAUGAAGCCCUGAACUUCUUGAUUCUAAUGUGUAGAGAAGGUGUCAUACCUAAUAUGUUCACUUUCUCUUCAGUUCUUAGAGCUUGUGACAGGUUAUCAACCCUUCUGCAGCUCCACUGUUGUAUAAUUAAGGUUGGUUUGGACUCUGAUGUCUUUGUUCGGAGUGCCCUGAUUGAUAUUUACUCGAAAUGGGGUGAAUUGCAUAGUGGUUUGUGCGUUUUUGAGGAGAUGAUCACAGGAGACUUGGUUGUUUGGAACUCAAUCAUUGGGGCAUUUGCUCAGAAUGGAAAUGGCGAUGAAGCAUUGAACCUCUUUAAACAAAUGAAGCGAGCUGGUUUUCCUGCUAAUCAAGCUACAUUGACAAGUGUUCUGAGAGCUUGUACAAGUUUGGCGCUAGUGGAAUUGGGCAGACAAGUUCAUGCCCAUAUUAUGAAGUUUGAGAGUGAUAUGAUCCUAAAUAAUGCACUUCUGGAUAUGUAUUGCAAGUGUGGGUGCCUGGAGGAUGCAAACUCUACUUUCAAUCGUAUGACAGAGAAAGAUGUGAUCUCUUGGAGCACAAUGAUCUCAGGCUUGGCACAAAAUGGCCGCAGUAGGGAAGCGCUUGACCUAUUUGGGUUUUUGAUGAAAGCUUCCAGCCCCAAACCUAACUACAUAACAAUGGUGGGGGUUUUGUUUGCAUGUAGCCAUGCUGGAUUGGAGGAAGAUGGGUGGCACUACUUCCGAUCAAUGAAGACUACUUUUGGGAUCAACCCGGGAAAAGAGCAUCAUGGUUGUAUGGUUGAUCUUCUUGGAAGGGUAGGGAAGCUUGAUGAGGCCAUCAAGUUCAUCCAUGAAACGGGAUGUGGUGCAGAUGCGGUGAUCUGGAGGAGUCUUCUUGGUUCAUGCAGGAUACACCGAAACACCGACCUGGCAAUCUAUGUAGCAAAGAAAAUCCUAGAAUUGGAACCUCAGGACGAAGGAACUUACAUACUCCUAUCUAAUAUCUAUGCGAAUUCUCAAAUGUGGGAAGAGGUUGCAAAAGUUAGGAGGAUCAUGAGAGACAAAGGAGUACGGAAGGAACCAGGGUGUAGCUGGAUUGAAGUUGGAAAACAACUUCAUGCAUUUGUAUUUGGAGACGAGUCACAUCCACUAAUGGACAAGAUCAUAUUGGAGCUAAACCAGUUGAUUCCAAAAAUAAUGGAAGUGGGUUAUUUUCCAGACACAAAUUUUGUGAUGCAUGAUCUUGAGGUGGAACAGAAAGUAGAUUCACUCCGUUUCCACAGUGAGAAGUUGGCCAUUGCAUUUGGCCUGAUUAGUUUAUCAAGGGAGAAGCCUGUAAGGAUCAUGAAGAACCUCAGAAUCUGCGGUGACUGCCAUGCCUUUGCAAAACUUGUCUCCGUGGUUGAAAAUCGACAUAUUGUGAUCAGGGAUCCUGUCCGAUACCACCAUUUUGAAGAUGGGAAUUGCUCUUGUGGGGAUUAUUGGUAGUUACUGUCAUUUAAAUAUAAAUUCCUGAACCCCCCCCCCCCCCUCCUCCCCAUCUAAUCACAAAAUGGUAGCAAAAGAAAAAGGACAUUCAAAUCCAUUGCUCUCCCCUCAAUCCUCAAUCACUGAACCUUGUGUUUUACCAUCUUAUACAGUUCCUGUAUUAUCCCCCUUCUCUAAUUAGAAUUACUUAAUAUGUGUGAUUCUCGAUUUUGAGGAAUAUAGCAAUGUAAAAAUUACUAGAAAUUCCAAGUGAGUUAUUUAUAAACCUAAACCCUUUUAUUUCAAUUUAAUAGUUUUUACUUUCUUCCUUGCCCUUUUACUGUUUUCAAUUAGUUGCAGUAUAAAAUAUUUUGUGAAAAGUAUUGGACAUUUGACAUUUUGGAUGAGAUAGAUUUU